CCGGGAGCGUGAUACUUGCACUUCCCGGGGCGGCCGCCAGGGGCCGCUAGACCCUUUGUUUUCUUUUCUGGCCCGGGUCGGGGCCCGAGGCCUGCAGAGCGCAUGCUCUGGGGCAGUUCGCGGCCCAGCGGGUGAGCAGAGUUUCUCGUAGCUGAUCUGCACCGAGGACAGAAAGAUGCCACCCAAGCGUAUGGCUAAGAAAAGAUCAUCCCCAGAAGAUGCUCUCCCCAAAAGCAAGAAGGUGAAAGUCUCACAUAGGUCCCACCGCACAGAACCGGGCUUGGUGCUGACACUGGGCCAGGGUGAUGUGGGCCAGCUGGGACUGGGCGAGAAUGUGAUGGAGAGGAAGAAGCCAGCCCUAGUACCCAUUCUGGAAGACAUUGUACAGGCCGAGGCUGGGGGCAUGCACACCGUGUGUCUAAACAAAAGUGGCCAGGUCUACUCCUUCGGCUGCAAUGAUGAGGGUGCCCUGGGAAGGGACACAUCAGUGGAGGGCUCAGAGAUGGUUCCUGGGAAAGUGGAACUGCAAGAGAAAGUGGUCCAAGUGUCAGCAGGAGACAGUCACACAGCAGCCCUCACCGAUGAUGGCCGUGUCUUCCUUUGGGGCUCCUUCCGGGACAAUAAUGGUGUGAUUGGGCUCUUAGAGCCCAUGAAGAAGAGCAUGGUACCCGUGCAAGUGCAGCUGAGUGUGCCUGUGGUGAAGGUGGCCUCGGGAAAUGACCACUUGGUGAUGCUGACAGCUGAUGGUGACCUCUACACUUUGGGCUGCGGGGAGCAGGGCCAGCUGGGCCGUGUCCCUGAAUUAUUUGCCAAUCGUGGUGGCCGGCAGGGCCUUGAACGACUCCUGGUCCCCAAGUGUGUGAUGUUGAAAUCCAGGGGAAGCCGGGGCCAUGUGAAAUUCCAGGAUGCCUUCUGUGGCGCCUACUUCACCUUUGCCAUCUCCCUUGAGGGCCAUGUGUAUGGCUUUGGCCUUUCAAACUACCAUCAGCUUGGAACCCCAGGCACAGACUCUUGCUUUGUACCUCAGAACCUGACAUCCUUCAAGAACUCUACCAAGUCCUGGGUGGGCUUCUCUGGUGGCCAGCACCAUACAGUCUGCAUGGAUUCAGAAGGAAAAGCGUACAGCCUGGGCCGGGCUGAGUAUGGGCGGCUGGGCCUUGGGGAGGGUGCUGAGGAGAAGAGCAUACCCACCCUCAUCUCUAGGCUGCCCGCCGUCUCUUCAGUGGCUUGUGGGGCCUCUGUGGGAUAUGCCGUGACCAAGGAUGGUCAUGUUUUUGCCUGGGGAAUGGGCACCAACUACCAGCUGGGCACAGGGCAGGAAGAGGAUGCCUGGAGCCCCGUGGAGAUGACAGGCAAACAGCUGGAGAACCGCGUGGUUCUGUCUGUGUCCAGCGGUGGCCAGCAUACAGUCUUACUAGUCAAGGACAAGGAACAGAGUUGAUGAAGCCUCUGAGGUCCUGGCUCCUGGCCCCUCCCUCCUCCCUUCUGGAACAUGGAAGCCGUGAUGACUACAGACUCCAGCAGGCCUCCCCCAGCCCCAAGUACUUUGUCAUCUCCUGCCUUUUUUCAGUCCACAGAACAGAAUCACUUUCUUCUUUUUCUUCCUGCUUUCUGGAAUCAUCCUGUUACUACAGGAUGAAGGGGGGAAUGGAAGAGGGGAGCGGGCUUUGUUGGAAUGUUGCUCACCCCAGAACUAUGUGAUUAGACCUUUCCCCCUCAUCUCUACCUCUUGGCUGACCCUGGUUUUGUCUACCAACACCAAAAUUUCUUCCCCUGGGGGGUUUGGUUCCCACACCCUGAGAAGUUGGGACUCCAUCAAGCCCUACUCUAGUCAUGUGCCACUCUUCCUGUCCUUCACAGCCCACAGGCAGACGGAUGAUACAGCUGUCAGAUCCUGCUGUCAUAUACCUAUGCCUGAGGGAAACUGGAGAAGGGGCAGGGUUACCAGCCAUGAGCAGGCCCAAGCCAAAUAUUUGGUUUUGAACAGGUGUGCAAGGGGCAGGAAAAAAAUGAUCCUCCACUUGAUCAAGAAAAAAGCCAAUCAGCCUUUCUCCUGGAAGCACAAAGCAUUCUGCCCUGCACUGCCCAUCCAGCCUCCCACACCUGCAGCUAAGGGCCUGAAAUCUGGAAAGGAAGCUAGGCCUGCAAAACAGGACGGAGGGGAGAGGGGAAGGAGGGUUUCAUAAACAGCAAUAUUGAGAGUGAAAGGAGGGCAGGGAAGAGGGUUGGAUGGGCAGAGGCUGGGCCCCAGAAAGGGAAGCAGCAACUUGUACAGUGUCUGAGAAAACAGCAAGCAGUUUGAUUUUUUUUUUAAAUGUAAAGUAUUUUAGAAAAGAGAGUGAAAUCUUUUAACAUUUUGAAUAAAUUUAGAGUUUUAUAAAACAGGCCACUUGUUUUCUACACACUCCCUGCUUUUUUAAGGGAACAUUGGUUGUGUUGGGAAGGGCAGGAUAAACCCACACCUGUGAACUCGGUCAAGACCAGGACUUAGGUGAUGUCAGGAUGUCCUGACAUGUGCCUGUCAGCUGUUGAUGUGACUGUUCCAUACAAAUCAAAAAGUUGAUUUUUGCUUAGGUAUUUAUGUUUCAGAAAUCAGUGUAUUUUUUAAAAAUUAUGCUGCAUAAUAUGAGAGGCAUGGGAUGGUUCUUUCAGCAUCUUAAUCCCAAACGAAGACAGUACAUCUCUAGAAAUACUUAUACUAAGCUUGCUGUUGUGUAAUUUUCAACAGCUGAUGUAAUUGAUUAACUGCACAGUAACUCUUAAGACAACUUAUCAUAUUGUAGAUUUUCACAGGCAUUUGAGCAAACAAAUCAUAGAGCUGACCUGUCCAAUAUAGUAGGUCACUAGCUACAUGUGGCCAUUUACAUUUAAAUCAAUUAAAAUUUGUAAAGAUUUUAAAUGAACUUUUUCUGUUGUACUAGCCAUAUUUCAGUUCCACAGUAAUUACAUGUGGUUAGUGCCUAUGGUAUUGGGCUAUGCAAAUAUGGAAAUAUAUAGAACAUUUCUAUAAUUGCAGAAAGUUACAAUUGAUAUCAUUGAUAUAGAAGGUCUGUAUAUGUAUAACAGGAAAGUUUUAUUAGUGCCAGGAGGAUUCUUCUUGGAUA